GUAUCCCCUGCUGGGGGGAGUGACCAACCCGGGAUUUCCAAAAUAAAAAAACGCAAUAACGUCACAAAGAGAGAGAGAGAAAGUGAGACAGACAGAGAGAGAGAGAGGGAGCACCGCAGUGGAUUGGUCGGAAUAUCCCUCCUGUGUGUCAACAGUUAAGGAGCAGACUGGAGUAAGGCAACAUCACUGCAUCACUUUGUCAGAGCCUGUGUUCAUUCUUCUCUCCUCAGUCUGAAGCUGCCUGUGCAGAGGAAACGACUCAAGCAACAUCAACAUCAACAACAUCAACAACAAUAUCAACAGCAGCAGCAGCAGCAGCGGCAAACAUGAAUCGUUCCUCCUGGAGUCCCUGCAGGAGGCAGGAGCAGCGAGGAAGCGGCCAGCGGCCACACAGCAUGGAUGCUGCUCACCACGGAGGAGGAGGAAGAGGCUUCAGGACCACGGACAGCGGCGCAGGAUCCCCGCUCCACAAAGCAGCCCGCAGCAGGAGGCACCUGGAGGGAGUCCUGAAGAAAUACACCAACCUGCUCCACGGCUGGCAGAGCAGAUAUUUCGUGCUGGACCCAGAGGUCGGUCAACUCCAGUAUUAUCUAAACGAACUUAGUAAAAAUCAGCAUCCUCCCCGUGGGUCUCUGCCUCUUCUCGGCACAACAGUGGUUUCGAGCAAUGAGUUCCCUUACAUGUUUACUGUUCAGUCCACUGCUGGGGAUUUCUACAAACUCAGAGCACUGGACGCCCAGGAACAAGAGUUAUGGAUGACUCAGCUGCAGCUAUGCUCCCGACGCCACUCUGACAGCAGCACCAACAAGGAGACGAAUCAAGCUGAAGGGGAGCAGAAGAGCCUUGUCAACUCAAUGGAGACCCUGUCCCACCGAGGUGGACCCCUCUCUUCUCUGGAUGAGGAUCUACUUCUUUUAAAAGCUACAUCAGCCGCCACCUUGAGCUGCCUGGGGGAGUGUCUCAGUUUGCUGCAGCACAAUGUUGUCCAGGCCUUGAACCAGAACCAGAACCAGAACCACAUCCCUGUUCCCAGCCUCAGCCUCAGUUCACCUGGUGUGAAUAAGGCCUCUCCAACAGAGAGAGUAACUGUAAACCAGUUGGAGCCCGGUGGCCUUGAUUCCAGGAGACGGAGCCCAACUCCCAGCUUUAGUGAGAAUCGAAGCCCAACUCACAGCCUUAGUGAGAAACGGAGUCCGAAUCACAGCAACAUCGAUGGAAGACGAGGGAGUGGCCACAACCACAUUCGGAGCCAGAGUCAAGGCCAUGUACAUACAGAUAGCCCCACUGCACGGUCCAGAUCUCCAUUUGAGAAGCAGAUGAAAAAUGGCCCUCAAGUACCUCUCUCCUCUGCUGCCUGGCCUUCUUCCACUCAAACACAGAAAGACUCAGAGCAAGGACAAACCAGCAGCCCACACCUCCCAGAUUCCACUGACGAGACCACGGACACAGAGGACAAUGAGGAGGAGGACCUGGGAGUCCUGGAUGAUCAACGAAGCAUCAUCAUACACCUGCUGUCCCAGCUCAAACAUGGCAUGGAUCUGACACAGGUGGUGCUCCCUACCUUCAUCCUGGAAAAACGCUCCUUACUAGAGAUGUUUGCUAAUUUCAUGGCUCACCCUGACAUGUUCCUCUCUAUCACAUCUGGCUGCACACCAGAGGAGCGUAUGCUUCGCUUUGUUGAGUACUAUCUGACUGCCUUCCACGAGGGCCGGAAGGGCGCUGUGGCCAAAAAGCCCUAUAACCCUAUCCUGGGUGAGAACUUCCACUGUUCAUGGUAUGUGCCUCGGGACCGUGUCCGAUCUCUCAGGACCACCAACUGCACUGCUUCCAACUCCGCACCCACAGCCCCCUCCAACAUCCCCAGGUACUCCCAGAGGAGGACAGAUGGUGGCUGCGGCAGCGGCAGAACAUCAGACUGCUAUUGUGUUCGCUUUGUGGCUGAGCAGGUGUCCCACCAUCCACCUGUGUCAGGCUUCUACUGUGAGUGCAAGGAGAAAAAGAUGUGUGUCAACACUCACAUCUGGACAAAGAGCAAGUUCAUGGGCAUGUCUGUUGGAGUCUCCAUGGUCGGGGAAGGUGUGCUGUAUUUGUUGGAGCAUGAUGAGGAGUAUGUAUUCACACUCCCAUGUGCUUAUGCCCGCUCCAUUCUUACGGUGCCUUGGGUGGAACUUGGGGGGAAGGUCACUAUCAACUGUGCCAAGAGUGGGUAUUCAGCCUCCGUCACUUUCCAUACCAAACCCUUCUAUGGAGGGAAAGUACACAGAGUAACAGCAGAGGUGAAGCACAACCUGACAGGAAAUAUCAUAUGUAAGGCGCAGGGGGAGUGGAAUGGGAUUCUCGAGUUCACCUACAGCAAUGGAGAAAACAAGGUCAUUGAUACCUCCAAGUUGCCGGUCAUCAAGAAGAAGAUCCGGCCUUUACAGAAGCAAGGCCAGUAUGAAUCACGGCAUCUUUGGCAGCAUGUGACAUCAUCACUGAAGGCAGGAAAUAUGGACACAGCCACAGAACACAAACACUGGCUGGAGGAAAGGCAGCGGCGUGAUAGCAAACAGAGAGCUACUGACAAAACCCCCUGGACACCCAAGUAUUUUAUUAAAGAGGGUGAAGGCUGGGUCUACUACAACCCUCUCUGGAAAGCUCACUGACCAGCAGUCUUGGAAGCAGUUGUCCACCUGAAGACACCCAGUGGAGCAAUCAGGACAAAGAGAGACAGCGAGCGGUAAAACUCUCUGUGUACCACAACAAAAGGUGCCAAAGACUUCCGGAUGACAUGGAUCUUGUCAAAUUAGACACACAUUUGCUCACAGUGAGGUGAGCCUGAUCUCACAGGGGUACAGACACUUUUGAUAUACAGUAACACAUAAAAUGACCGAAUGGACCUUUUUGUUUCUGACAUUAGAAACAACACACUACUGUACACUGCUCCUCUAAUGUUUUUGUUGUUUGCACAAUGUACUAAACUAAAUGUCGGGCAUUAUAGUUUUGCUCAAUUCACUGUCAAAUAAACAACGAUGGGUCAGAA